AGUCGAAUGAUUCGAUUGAAUGAUCAAUCGGAAGCUGGCACCGCGUGACAAUUGACGAACCGGAGCUUCAGCACAGAUCAAGAAAGCUUUCUGCUCUCCUUGUUGCUGUUGUUGUUGCUGUUGUUGUUGCUGCUGGUAGUUGAGAACCCCUUCAGCUAUUCUGUUGUGGUAGUAGCAUAGGCUCUACUGACUAUAGCUAGUAGCUAGAUUGCAUCACCAAGAUGUGUUUUCUUCCGCAAUGUUUUACUAUUUCAACCAGUGAAGUCGGGAUCAUCGAGCGCUGGGGCAAGUACGACCGACUGGCCAAGGCUGGUUGUCACGUUGUGUGUCCUCCCAUGGACCUGCUUGUAGGGACUCUGAGUUUCCGUGUCCAAGAAUUGAACGUGCGGGUCGAGAGCAAGACGCUCGACAACGUCUUUUUGACAGCUACUGUCAGUGUCCAGUAUUGUAUCUUGGCAGAGAAGGUCACAGAAGCCUUUUACGAGCUCACAAACCCUUCGCAGCAAAUCACAGCCCAUGUGUAUGAUGUGAUGCGUUCCCAGCUCCCCACGUUGGAAUUGGAUGCCGUGUUUGAAGCCAAGGAGGAUCUGGCCUUGGCUGUCAAGAACGCACUUGCCAAUGUUAUGUCAAACUACGGAUAUAGCAUCAUUCAGGCUCUCAUUACGGAUUUGGAUCCAGAUGAAAAGGUCAAGGCGGCAAUGAACGAAAUCAACUCUUCCAAGCGACUCAAGUUUGCUGUGGCAGAGAGAGCAGAGGGAGAAAAGAUUCUCGAGGUCAAGCGAGCUGAGGCCGAAGCAAAUGCAAAGUACUUGUCCGGUGUGGGUGUGGCCAAACAGCGAAAGGCCAUUGUCGAUGGGUUGCGGACAUCGAUUGUCAACUUUCAUGAUAGUGUAGAGGGUUCCUCCACUAAGGAUGUCAUGGACUUGUUGCUUUUGACUCAGUACUUUGAUAUGAUUCGUGAUGUGGGCAGUGCGGGUCAUUGCAAGACGACGUUUGUUCCCACCAGCCGAACUCUUGGGGAUGAUGUGCGCAACAGUCUACUGCAAGCCAAUGGUUAGGCAAGCCGUGGACUCGGCACCGGUAUCGUGCAUACUCCCAAGUAUGCUUUGCUGGUGAUAUCGUGCUCUAGAUGUUUCAUGGUUGGUGGGAAGAUCAUUGGUGCAAGGGCGGCAAACCUUCAGAAUUACGUGUAUUCACAGUAUCAAAAACAAUCUGCAUUAGAGACCAGAUCAACGUCGCCUUGUUCCGUCAAUUUGGAGGUUUCGCCUCCCGUAGUCCUCUUUCGAUCUAAUACCAAGUUUGCAAAAUAAUGUACAAGUUGUUCCUUUGUGCGUUCAAUUGCCCAAUAGAAACACAAUCCAAACAGUACGACUGUACAUGUACAAUCCAUUU